UGGCUUAACAAUUAAGGAAUAGGUUUAUUUGGGUUUAUUUGAGCUUCGAUCAUAUCGAACGCGGAUCAAUGCGUUGUUUAUCUCUCGAAAUUUUUUUAUCCUUUAAUAUAGAGACUUUCAGCCUCGGACUGGUUCGUCUCUUUACCUCUCUCGAAAAUAUUUUAUUGUUAAUUCCAAUUUUUGUAAUCACUUUUUUCAUCACUCGAAGAAUUAGUAAUGGUGAUGCCUACCACCAAGGGAAAAAUUAUCGUAGAAAUUUAUGUAUCUUUAUUUCUUGUUGAAAUAUGUAGAAAAUACAUCGAAGUGUAUAAUGGCAAAUCAGCUUGUUAACUUGAAUGGGGAUUUGUCUUAUAAAACUAAAAAUCAGCAGAUAGCAGGAAAGUAUUCAGCUAUUUUAUAAGUACAGUUAUAUUUUUUUGUACAAAUUUAAAGACAUGUUUUAGAAAAAUAAAAACUUUUUUUUAAUACAAAACUAUAAAUAACUUUUAAUUCAUAAGCACAUUUUAAACCUUAACUGAACUCUAGAAGCUUGGAAUUGAAAACAACCUGCUUAAGUAAAAUUAUUUACAUUUUCUUAGCCCUAACACGGUAGCGGAUGUCAUACAAAAGCAUUUCACUGCCAGGGUCAUUGGUAGCUUGAAAACGGCCGGUAGUUGGUUGACUAAAAUAAAAGAUUGUUAUUAUUUUCGACAAAACACGGUUACAGCAGAAAGCAUUGCAGCUUAUAAAAUCAUUAGUUCUCGCAAUUAUCACCUCAGUCUAGAGUUACUAUAGUUCUGGUGAGGCGGAGUUCAUUGUUCCGAGCUAAACAUGUGGUUAAAGAUUCUUUCUUUGACCGUGGUCGUUGCACUAAGUCAAGCUGACAAAGCGUGCGAAUAUUCCGACAAAAUCUAUCGAAUUAAUGGAAACUCGAUAGACUUUCCUUGCGAAUCGACCAAGAAUAUCUUCAUCACCACGGAACGUUUCAAGCCUAGUGCCAUUAUUCCGUUGCGUUUCCAGAUCGAUAAAAAGCAUGAUCGAGCGUUGAUUGUGUUGCCGCGACUUCGCGUCGGAAUUCCCAUCACUUUUGGCGUGAUAGACCUGAAGAAACCGAAUUGCUACACACACAUUAAACCCUAUCCUUGCUGGCCGUAUCAGGAGGAAGGCAAUUGCAAUUCGUUCCAGUCGACUGUGGAUGCUUUCAUUGAUAUUAGAAACAACAUCUGGACGUUGGACACUGGUAUCACCAACUAUCUCGAGCAGCCCAUUAAACGUUGUGCACCCAAAGUCGUUGCUUUCUCCCUGGAUAAUGAUAAGACCGUUAAAACCGUUGAUCUUAGUGACAUUGUUAAACCAUCGUCAAGGCUUCAAUACAUCAUUACUGAUUAUUCGAAGAACGGUAAUCCCUACGUGUACAUUGCCGAUGCUGAAGGUGCAAUCAUUGUACUAGACAUACAUAAUAGCAAGAGUUAUCGAGUGGUAUUGCCCCGGGCCAUCGCUGCCGGUUGCGGAGAAUCUGACGUGCUAUACCUACUGUUGGUCCGAAGACCAAACAAUCAAAACACGGUCAUCUUCUCGUAUCUGUGCGGUCAGAAGGUGUAUUCGAUAAAAUCCGAGUACCUUCGUACCGGACGAGGUUCCAGUGCCAUUGUUGAAUUGGGAAGCAAACACAAACACUCGGUACUCCUCGGAACCGACGGUGGCAAGAACGUUAUUCUGCGAUACCGUGGUGAAAGCGAGCUUUACCUUUGGGACACCGAUCAGCCCUAUAGGGAGUGCAACUUUGUGCUGGUUCAAAACUCGGAAGAAUGUCGGUUGAGCACGCAUGUUUCCCCUGGAGGUAAGGAUGAGCUGCUUUAUUCGCUCUCAUCGAACAUUGCCGACUACUUGAACAACACCAGUGGCGCUGGAGGAGCAUCCGCUAGACUCAAGUUUAUUAGCAAAGAGUGUGAUGACGACUGUUUCUAAGGAAUAUAACCUUCUCACUAACUUUUAAGUCCGACAACUAUUUAUGAACGAAACAACAACUGACGACUAUUUGAACGAAAUUGACUAAAAGACUUGCCUAUACUAGAGAUUUAUUACAAAGUUAGAAGCGAUAUUUUUGUGAAACCUUUUUUAGCAAUUUAUAAAAUAAACUAUUAGAUGUUACACGUUUAAAAAAAAACGUCUAAAGUGCCUGAAAUCACCUCUUCUAUGAAUAUUAUGAGUCCAAAUCUCACGAU